AUGUCUUUCCUAAUCCAUAAUCAGAAGGGCAGCAAAAAACAUCUUCAGAUGGAUUCUCCUCUGAUGCCCAAAGUUCCUCGUACCAAUUAUUUGCAUCUUCAGGAAGAGAAACAAAGACUACAGCUAAAGAAAUUCCCCCUCCACAGGAUGUUUCUAGUGGGGUACAUACAAGCAAAUGUGGAGAAAAAGGAAAUUACUGAAUACUAUGAACAGCUGUUUCAGUUAAUUCUGAAGCAUCACCUUGGAGAAGCAGUGACAGGCUUGCUGCUCAUAUACCCCACUUCCUUUCUGCAUAUCCUUGAGACCUCCAAUGGUACGCUUUUCCGGAUUCUUUUAGAUUAUGUUGUCCAUGAAAAGGAUGAAACAGAAUUUAUGAUCCAAAACAUGAAAAUAAUAGUUAUUUCUCAUAACAUUCCCACAAGGCUCUUUAUGCAAUGGCAUGUUUCUGUGAUUAACGUGCCAGUUAUGUAUCUGGAUGAUGUGACACAAUCACAGUCCCUAGCAGAAGUUACAACAGAGUUCCUCACCCUGACGCAUAGACUGGCACUCCACCUUUUUAAGACUGUGAAAGUGGGCACUAAAGAGCCAGGUGAUAACUUGCACCAAGUUGCACCUGACCUCCUCCUCCCGGAACAAAUUAUAAAGUAUUUAUGCAAUGCUGAAGAAUUCAUGGAUGCAGCAACAUUCUUAAGCAUGUAUAACAAGCCCAUACAUGUCACCUUGCACUCUGAUAUAGUGUGGCCUGCUCCUUCCCAUUUCUAG